CUUCAUCAUGCCUUGAUACAUCGCCUCGACUGCAGCGCUUCGGCGCAGGCAAAAUCUUGAAAUCACGCCGACAAUGGCCCCUCCUUUGUUGCAAGGUCUCGCGCAUGCAGAGCCGCUCUUCCUUCAGGCAGUCGCACCUCGGCUCAGCGUACUAAGAGUGCGGAGACCGACACCAGCCGCAUCCCGCUGCAGCUCAACUUGCAACGUCCGCCCACCAGUGUAGCCGACCGUAAUAUUCGACAUCCACGAUGCGGACGAUCACAGCAGUGUCGACACCUUUGCAACGGAUAGUACCAUAUGCGGCACGCCAGAGCUCACGGAGAUGCUUCUCAAGCACCCGAGACCUGCAGGCCACAUGGGGAUUUAUAGGUUUAGGACGAAUGGGCUACUCUAUGGCUAAGAACCUCAGAGCAAAAGUCCCAGCUGAGGACACACUCUUCAUCCACGAUGUCAACACUGCCGCUACCCAGAAGUUCCUUGAGGAGAACCCUACCGGUGUGCGAGUAGCUGAGAACGUUCGGGAGAUCGCCGAGAAAGCUGAAGUAAUCAUCACGGCUCUACCAGAGCCUCAGCAUGUCAAGGGCGUGUACAAGGCUAUGCUGGAGCCGCCGACGCUGCUGACGGAUGGCUUCGUGAACAAGGAACGUCUUUUCAUUGACACAUCUACCAUCGACCCUGCGACCUCGACUGAUGUCGCUGAAGCGGCGCAUUCGACUAAUCAAGGAAAGUUCAUCGAUGCUCCUAUGUCUGGGGGUGUUGUUGGCGCAGCAGCCGGCACACUCACCUUCAUGAUUGGUGCUGCACCUGAGGUCGUCGAUCGGGCAACUGAAGUGCUGUCUUUGAUGGGCCGAAGGGUGCUUCAUCUUGGUGAACAAAGUGCUGGGCUCAAGGGCAAGCUCGCAAACAACUAUCUCUUGGCUCUCAACAACAUCGCGACUGCAGAAGCCAUGAACAUGGGCAUCCAGUGGGGUCUUGAUCCGAAGGCUCUUGCGGGCAUGAUCAACAUCAGCACUGGCAAGUGCUGGCCAAGUGAAGUCAACAACCCUGUGCCCGGUGUUAUCGAGGGUUCGCCUGCAAGCAGAGGGUACGAAGGAGGCUUUGGGGUUGCUCUCGCCAACAAGGACUUGAAGCUCGCUCUCAAGGUCGCUGCUGAAGCAAAUGUUAAGCUUGCGCUAGGAGAGUCGGCGAGACAGCUUUACGAAGCGGUGGAGAAGGCACCAGACUGCAAAGGCAAGGAUUUCUCCGUCGUGUACCGCUAUCUGGGUGGCAAAGAAUAGACAAUCAAAUCAAGUCGAACACUACC